GCCCGCGCGCACCAUCAAUCAAGAUAAAACAAACACGUGCCAAGUUUUGACGUGUCUAAAAAUAGCGCGCCGGAAAACCCCUUUCAAGUUUUGUCAGCACGCGGCGUGCAUUGGCAAUGCAGAUUGUUGCAGAAAGAUGUUGGUAAAACUUCGUGGUUAUGUUUUCCAGUUGUUUGUCACUUGCACCUCCUAAAACCAGAUCUUUGAUUGAAGCGAGCCUCUCAUGUGCCAGUUUGACAUCAUGCCAAGAGCUUGUUGUGUGCUUGUCAUUACUGGCGUCAGGCUUUUUAUGCUGCUCCUUGUCACCUCAACAAGACCGGUAGCAGCCCUUGUCGGAACACUGACACCAGUAAUUCCUAUCAUUGAAGUGGGUUCAGACAUGGUCCUAACUUGUACGCUCAAUAACUCAUCAAAUGACGGUCGUACAACUCAAGAUGUCAUCUGGAAACACAACACAGUCCAGCUGUCACCAGACAUGUAUGCCAGUCUCAGUGACACAGUGUCUCAAUUGACACUGACAAAUGUCACCUUCAAUGAUUCUGGCAAUUACUACUGUCUCUUUCCAGAAGAUGGAUUUUUUCAGAGGCUUGGCUUAUUGGUCAGAGUUGGGAUGAAACCAGAACCCCCAUUACUAGAAUGUUUCAUUCGUAAUCCCGAUGAAUACCGGUGCCGUUGGGAAGAUGUGGUCCGUACCAACCUUCGAACGAUGUCUACAUUUGCCUUCUGGUUUGGUGGUAACUGGACUGACUGUCCCCCAAGCACAGAGGACAAAGUUGACGAGACAUGUUUCAUACCAAUUGCAUACAACACAGGAACGACACAGAGGGUUCGAGUCACUUCAAGGAAUGCUCUCGGUGUUGCCUACACGGAGAGGAGUUUCAAUCCUAUCCUUGAUGUCGUUGUUAACCCACCUCGGGAUGUGCGCCUUCUCAAGAUAGAAGAUGAGACUUCUCUCUCUGUGACGUGGCACGUACCUAAUGAGUGGCCUAGGAUGAAUACACCAUUGGAUUACAAGAUUCGCUACAAGAGAUCCAAUUGCGGCAUGGCCUAUGCUACAUGUUGGACUGAAGCAACACUGAGAUCAUUAAGGUCUGAAUGGCUUGACCACACCCUGAGAGAUCUAGCCCCGUAUACUGUCUAUGACAUCCAGAUUGCUGCUAGAUAUGGACUGGAUGAAAAGAAUUGGAGUGAAUGGACAGAAACAGUGUCUGCAGUUACCAGGGAAAUAUUGCCUACAGCCACAGUUCAAGGUCUUCAGGUGAACACGGAUGGUGAAAGUUUGUACUUCAGAACGUUGCGUAUUUUCUGGGAGGGUGUUCCACAAGAACAACUCAAUGGAAAGCUUCAUGUUUAUGAAGUAAGAGUCAUAUCUGAUGAGGAUCAAACUUUGCAGCUCAACACUUCUCAGAACUCAGAGUGGAUAACAGUUGAAGAUCUUCAGAAAUUCAAGGGCUACUAUGUCAAAGUUGCUGCCCGGAAUGGAGCCGGCUUGGGUCCAUGGAAAACGGAAUCUAUCCCUGACCUCACCAAGGCACCAAAUGCUCCUGAUGAGGUCAGAGCUGUUGCCUUGACAACGACCUCCAUCUUUGUUUCGUGGGACGCACCAAGCCAACCUAAUGGAUACAUUGAACGCUACACCAUAGAAUGGGGGACAGCUAACGAACAAAAGCAAUCUUACAGCACUCCUGAUGCGAGAAGGAACCACACCAUAGAAGGUUUGAAGACGUUUGCUUUGUAUGAGGUCAGUGUCAAGGUCAAGAACUCACGAGGGUGGAGUGGAUUCAGGUCUGUCCCUGGAGGAAUACGGACAAUAGAGGGAGUUCCAGAUGCCCCACCUACCGAUGUGGAGGUAAAGCAGGUCACCAACCAGCCAGAGAGACUGACAUUGAUGUGGCAACGACCACGAGCAGAAAAUAUCAACGGCAACUUGACAGGUUACAGAAUCUCAUUUUGUGAAAGCAGCCCUUUCUUUGAUAAGAACACUGGAAGGCAGUGUGCAGGUGAUCUGAAUAAACGAAACGUGAGUCGUCCAGAUGCAGUGAGCGAUACUUUGACGAAACUGGCACCAUCAACGUCUUACCUUGUUUGGAUAGCAGCUUACACUGCGGUAGGCUUGGGACCAGACUCGCAGUCUGUACACGCUGAGACAGCCCAAGAGACUAAGGGAAUCUUGGUACUGGCCAUCGUGGUUCCUAUUCUCAUUGUAACACUCUCCUUGAUGUUGGCCAUUUAUAUUUGGAAGCGGUGUCGUCAUGUCUGCCGGCCUGUUCCUGACCCAAAGUUCCUUAAAGAGAUUGACCUUUUCAAGAAUGACUCACAGAGACUCUCCAGGAGUAGCAGCCGCAUGGAAGAGGAACACUUUGAUGAGAUCCUACCAUCUCAAAAUGAUGCCAUCAUCAUCGGUUUAAUGGAUGACAAGAUUGAGCUUGCCAAGGAGGCUUCUCAGAUGUGUCCCAAACUGCAGCUGAGUUUUGAUUCAGUCAGCUUGGACCCCAAGACCCAGACAGCUAGAUUCAUGCGUUCUGAGAGCAGGGACAGCGGGGUACCUCCGUCUCCAGCAAGCGAGAGUCCGGACUUCAGCACAACGAGAGACAGACUGAGUAGCAGCGAAGAAGGAGAUGACAAUGUGUUCCUAGAGGAGGAAGAAAAUCCAGUUGGCGCUUACACUAGGGUAGGUCAGUUCAUACCCUCUAAAAUACAAACUCCCAAAACUUCUCAAUCAAGCCCUGUGAAAUCCCCAAAGAAGGUCUCCUUUGAGAUUCCACCUGUGAACGACAAGUUGCCACUAACUUCACCAACUCACAAGCUUACGGGUGUCCAGCAGAAUGCUUCCCAAGGGAAGCAGAAUCAACCUCACAAAUCAAUGAGGAGUUCAUCAUGCUCAUCAAUGGAUGUUUCACCAUAUACCCAGAUGUCUGCCUUAGAAUCCCUUCAGUGCGCACUACAGCAGACCAACCAGCCAAAUCUUAGCCAGUCAAACAGUACAGCUAGAACAAGUGUCCAAAUUCCCAGUAGCUCUCCGUCAGUUGUUUCCCCUUACACUCAAAUUUCAACACUGGCAUCUCUUCCACAUCAGCAGCAGCAGAACCGACAGUCAGCCAUACAGCCUCCACCUCAGCUUCCUAUGGGUGUUCCAGUUCCUCAAAGCUCACGUCCAGUUGUUGCACCCUACACUCAAAUGUCAGCUAUGGAAUCCCUGCAGCCUAAUCAACAGCAAAACUCAGAAGAUGUCAAGAAGCUCCAACCUGACAGUCCUGACAAAAGCUGUCACACUCCCAAAAGCUCAACCAAAUUUUGCUCUCCCUACACUCAGAUGUCAGCUUUAGCAUCACUGAAGUCUUGUCAACCUCCAAAUUCCAGGCAACAGGAAGCUCAUCAACCAAGACCACAGCCAGCUUGUGGCUCUCCUAACUCACCUCCAGCUGUCUCACCAUACACAAAGGCUUCUAUCAUGGAAUCUUCCAAUCCCAGACAGCAGGAAGCUCACCAACCAAAACCAAACCCGGCUAGUGGCUCUCCUUCAUCACCACCUACUGUCUCACCUUACACACAGGUUUCACUCUUGAAACCUCCUAUUCAAAGGCAGCAGGAAGCUGAUCAACUAAGCUCACAGCCAGCCACUGGCUCUCCCAACUCACCUCCAGCUGUCUCACCAUACACAAAGGCUUCUAUCAUGGAACCUUCCAAUCCCAGAGAGCAGGAAGCUCACCAACCAAAACCAAACCCACCAUCUAUGUUCUUGAAACCUCCUAUUCAAAGGCAGCAGGAAGCUGAUCAACUAAGCUCACAGCCAGCCACUGGCUCUCCCAACUCACCUCCAGCUGUCUCACCAUACACAAAGGCUUCUAUCAUGGAACCUUCCAAUCCCAGAGAGCAGGAAGCUCACCAACCAAAACCAAACCCACCACCUAUGUUCUUGAAACCUCCUAUUCAAAGGCAGCAGGAAGCUGAUCAACUAAGCUCACAGCCAGCCACUGCCUCUCCCAACUCGCCUCCAGCUGUCUCACCAUACACAAAGGCUUCUAUCAUGGAACCUUCCAAUCCCAGGCAGCAGGAAGCUCACCAACCAAAACCAAACCCAGCUAGUGGCUCUCCUUCAUCACCACCUACACUCUUGAAACCUCCUAAUCAAAGGCAGCAGGAAGCUGAUCAACUAAGCUCACAGCCAGCCACUGGCUCUCCCAACUCACCUCCAGCUGUCUCACCUUACACACAGGUUUCCCUCAUUGAACCUCCUAACGCUAGCCAGCAGGAUGCCCAUCAACCAAGACCACAACCAUCUGAUGAUCAGACUCUCCCUUCCAAAUCUCCCGCGCAACAAGCUGUAUCCUCCUACAUCAAAAUGUCAGAAAACGGAGAAAAACCAAUACAGAAUGAACCCAUGCCGCCUUCAGCCAUAUCACCAUAUACCAAGGCAACAGACAUGGAAUCUAUGCAACCAAGAGAAGACCAAUCUGUUUCAUCAGGUCAGCCUCAUCAAAUUUCUGGGAGGCCAAGUCUUCCUCCCCAAUCUGUUCCAUCUCACGCUGUGUCACCCUACACAAAGAUGUCAGACAUGAAGGCCUUGCAUCUUAGACAAGAGCAAAGUGAGUCCUCAGCUCAGCCCCAUCCGAUCUCUGAGAGUCCAAGUCUUUCUUCAAGACCGUUUUCACCUCAGGCCGCAUCAUCCUACAUCCAGAGUUUGGAAAUCAGAGCCCCACAACCCGAACAAGACAUGCAACACCAGCUUCCUUCUGUCAUUUCCACUGUCAGUCAAAGUCUUCCUGAACCCAUUUCAGCUCAAGCUGUUCCACCCUACACCAAGCUUUCAGACAUGGAAGCCAUGCAACCAAGACAGGACCAGAGUCCAAGUCUUUCUUCCCAACUUGUACCACCUCAAGUUGUGUCACCCUAUACCAAGAUGUCAGACAUAGAAGCCUUGCAACCGAGACGGGAUCAGAGUCAAAGUCUUUCUCCUCAGCACUUCCCAGUACCAACUGUCUCCCCCUACACCAAGAUGUCAAAAAUGGCACCACCUUCAAAUCUCACUUCUUACAAUGGGAGGUCAGAAAUAGACGCUGUGUUGCAAAGCCAAAAUGAUGAAGAUGCAUCCUUACAGUCUCCCCCACCACAUGUCCAGCAAUCUUUGCAGCCUUCGGCUUCAAAUGCCCUAGACAUAGAGGCAUCAGGCUACUGUACUGGAGCUUCAGUUCCCAAGAAUGUUCUGUCUUCAGAACCAGGUUCCUCCAAGAACCGCCUCCAGAAUCCUCCAAGACAAGACCUCAGUGGUACUCUUAAUGAUAACCAACAUGUCACUUCAGCAGUUGAUCCAAAUGAGACAUCUCCCGGCUUUUUGCUUACCUCUGGUUCUACCAAUGGUCACUGCAGAAUGCAAGAGACAGCUUCAUCUCGAGGCUUCCCUUCCAUCUCUCAACCUAGUCUUGAAAGUGAUUCUGAUUCUGAUGAUGAACCUUAUGGUUACUCCAAGAUGUCAGCAAGGUUACCGAACAAGAAAGUUCUUGGAUCUGGGUCAGAUCAAUCAGUUAAUGCUGCUGAUCAAGCUUCAGAUCCUGAAGUUACACCCUACUCUCAAAUUGGCAGAAACGAAGAGCUCCAACCAUCAUCAGCACCACCACAAAUUAAUGUAACAUCCACUCCACUUUCUGACAACCCCACUGUUAGUAUGUUUGGUUAUGUUGCUGGUACACAUGAUUCUCAAGAAGUGCAGUCCAUUGAUGCCGGGCUUAACUCUCAAGACGAUCCAUCAGAGGUCAAUAACAAUGUUGCUGAUUAUACUUUGGUGGCAGCAGUGGGAUCCCAAAUUGACCAGGCAGCUGUUAGAGAUGUGUCUUCUGCAGACAAUCACUCUGAUGAUAGUGGUUUUGACAACGAAGCAGACAACACUCCUCCCCAAUCCCUCUUGUCUGACUAUGUCCAAAUCGCAGCUGGUACCCAUGGCCAAGAUGGUAACACACCUCUUCAUCCAGCACCAACAGCCAAUUCAGAUAUUGGUAAUCAGUUGGUGACAGCGGCAUCAGAUACACAGCCUAUCGCUGAUUACGUAGUGACUGGAAGUAUUAGUCACAGGACAGAUAGCCAAGCAUAAUAUGAGACUGAUGUCACAUUGACAAAGAAAAUGAUUAUGUAUUACAGUUCUGAAGUAAUGUAGAUAAUCAAAGAAUUGUUUUUGAAAUAAAGACACUGUAUAAAUUUGUAUGCCUUUUAAUUGCAAUUAAUUUAAAAAGAAAUUAAAAAAAAUCAUCACAACAUUUUCUCAAUAUAUUUGAUGAUAAAUGACAUUAUGAUGGAAUGUUUCAUUGAUGUGGUGAUGUAACUUUUUAAAGCUACAGUCCAUCAUUUGCAGCUAUCC